AUGAAGAGAAAAGAGAGGUCACAGGAAUUUAAUUCUCCCGUGCGAAUUGAGAACUCUGAAUACGAUCACGAGACGGACUCUCUCAAUGGCGACCCGGCGGCAUGGGCCGUCCACGCGGAAACCGUCUGCACAUUCGUAUCUGACCUAUACGGAAGCAACAAGACCGCACUGUGGAACGUUAUAUACGUUCUUCUCGUAUGUGCAUAUCUCAGCUACUUCUGCUACGCCGUCUGGUAUAAUAUCGUGCGAGUUGGAUGCAUCCAGCCCGUGCUUGAUCUCAUCGCAGUUACAGCGAUCGUGACCGCUCUACUACUCUACGUAGUCGUCAAGAAUCAAUGCGGCAGGCACUUCUCAUUCUGCAGACCCAGCGCUACGGUACUGAUGCAGACAGUGGACGCGAAUUGGCGCUGGUUACAAUGGGUAUUGUACGUUAGCAUCGUUGUCGUUAUCCUGCUUAUUCUGUUUGUGGCACUACGACUCCAAGACACCCCGCGCAAUCUAAUAUCUGGAGUUGGUAUCGUCGUCAUGGUCUUCUUCUGUUUCAUAUUCUCCAAACACCCGUCAAAGGUGAGAUGGAGACCAGUUCUGUGGGGAUUGGUACUGCAGUUGAUAUUUGGAAUUCUUAUCCUACGAACUCACGCGGGUUUCGUCGUCUUCAAAUGGUUUGGUGACGUCAUCUCAAUUUUCCUCUCUUUCUCCGACGCGGGCGCCUCUUUCCUAUUUGGAGAUCCUGAAUUCCUGGAUCAUUUCAUCGCUUUUCAGGUCCUCCCAGGCAUCGUGUUCUUCAGUUCGGUCAUCUCUGUACUGUACUAUCUGGGAGUGGUUCAGAUAGUGAUCACCAGCAUAGCCUGGGUCAUGCAGAAGACGUUGACAACAACAGCAGCAGAGUCACUUAAUGUCGCCGGCAAUAUAUUCAUGGGAUUGGCGGAGGCUCCAUUGUUGAUCAAACCUUACAUAGGAAUCUUGACGCUGUCGGAGCUUCACGCAGUGAUGGUGGGCGGACAUUCUACCAUUGCAGGAUCAGUUAUGGGCGCAUAUAUUGGCUUUGGGAUAAGUGCGAGUCAUCUGCUGUCGGCGUCAGUGAUGUCAGCCCCAGCAGCUCUCGCCGUAUCGAAGCUGCUCUGCCCGGAGACAAAGCGAUCGAAAACCAAAACAAUAGCGGACGUACAAAUCCCCAGGCCGCGGGAUCGGAAUAUUGUCGAGGCGGCGUCAAACGGUGCAUCACAGUCCACGAAGAUCGUAGCAAGCAUCGCUGUCAAUCUCUUAGCGUUUCUCUCCAUUCUGAAGAUGAUCAAUGCCAUUCUGGCCUGGCUCGGUGGUAUGGUUGGCCACCCAACACUAUCCUUCGAAUUGAUCUGUUCGUACGUGUUCGUACCUGUCACGGUCAUAAUGGGUGUGGAGACAGACGAUCAGAUGCUGGUAGCCGAACUGCUCGGUAUCAAGACAUUUCUCAACGACUUCAUCGCGUUUCAGAAAUUAGCGGACUACAUAAAAGCGGGAACGCUACAGCAAGCCUAG